CGCAUAUUCGUCCAGACCUGAAUUACUAUUUUUGUGUCUUCGAUAUAUAACCCUUUCCACUAGCCACGCUGGUUCGUCUGCUGCGCGAUACGCGGUUGGCUGCAACAUGUCCACCACCAGUACCUAUUCCCCGUUUCGCAUCUCGCCGAGGGACCGCGAUAACCUGGAUCGCAAUGAGGCCUUUAGGCUCGUGCGAGAGCAUUUGAGGCGUCAGGAAUUGGGCAUGAAGGCUCCGAGCUUUUGUUCGUCUCACCGCCACGACUGCUCCAACCAAGAGCAGGAGACAUUUCGUCUUCACCGCGACAUCAUCCAUACCAUUCUCCUCCCUUUAUUUUUGCUUCAUCACCAAGCGUCGCGUAUCGCGGCGAAUGUGCUGCCUAGCCACAAAGGCGCCGAGUCCGAACGGGCGUUUCGGGGUGAGGCGCGUGGCGCCUACGCUUGGCUGCAUUCCAUCCUCAGUGAAGAACAUGAUUGGUACUUGACCGAGCGGUGUCCCGCCUGUAUUGUCCUACACGUUAUGAAUUCCGAGCCGACCAUUCGUUUCGUGGCCGUGGCGUGUCUCCUGUCAGACCACCUGCAGGGUCUGGACCUGCCGAGCGCCAAGAGACGGCUGCCUAACUUUGACUUCUGGUACGAAUCGCUGGAGACAGCGGUCCGCGAGGAUACCUUCUGGGGCGAUGGCUUUUGGCCAGACAUCGAAUACCGGGCCUGUGCCUUGACCGAUGGUGUGAAGCAGUUGGUCCUGCAGUGUCUGGAGUUGCAGGCUGCUCUGAAUCGACAAGGGCUGCAGCCUGAGAUGUCGUACCGACCCAACGCUCACUCUCGGUAUGAUUCGCCACGCCCUUCGGUCACCGCGAAGCAGUCCAGCUGCACGCAGAUGCCCGUCGUCUCGGAGGAGGACCAGAAGAUUUUUGCCAAGGCUAGCGCUAAUCGCGUGAAUUCUCGGCCGCAAAGAUUCCACACUCGCAGACACGCCGAUGCUCGGAGAAGAUCCGUGACUUCUUAAGUGCUCGGGA